UCUUUUUUUUGUUUGAACGCCACAUCUGAAACUACAUUUCCCAGGCACCCCAUGUAGUAUUGUUUUUGCGAGCGCAAGCAAUUCGAUCAGAUUCGACGCAAUCACACACCUCCCAAGCGUUGUGUGUGGAACAGGAUAUUUUGCUACCUUGAACGGCAGGUAAACAGAUGAAAAUAGUGGGGGAAGAGAGCAACGUCUACUGAAGAAAUAACCAAGACACAUUCCCUCGGCAGUCUGCAAGGCCAUGCCUCAUAGAAGUCUCUGCAUAUAGGAAUAACUCUGUUGUGACUGGUGUGUCAAUCAGGGGACUCCUGCUUUACUUUUGAAGUCACUUUAACAAAUUUAAGGGAUUUCUUACAACCCAUUUCACUGGGGGACUGUUGAACAAUAACCACAAUGUACCAAGUGGUACCAGGAGGUGCAGGGGGCACAGUUACCAAUGCUACACCUAUCAAACAGAAACUAAAAAGGGAUGCUCGUCCCCUAGUUGUAGCAAGUGUUUUAGGCUUGGUGCUAGUGAUUGCUGCGGUGACCGCAUGGUGCUAUUACAUUGGUUCUCUGCGCAAGGCUGAACUGCUUAAGACAGAACUUCUGGACCUCAACAAGGAUGGCUACAUCAUUCGCAACCAGGCAGGGGCUAUUGUCUUCAGGAUGUCUUUCAGGUCUGGCACCCUGGACUUAGACUCAUGUUCUAAGGAGGGGGAGAUACUGAGCUGUGGGCGCACCAGUGAUAGGAAACUCAAGUUUUUCAUCCAGACUGUAUUUGACAAUACAGUCCAAUGCUACCGUGUGCGUUGGGAAGAAUUGAUUCCCAGCCUGCCCGUGGAGCACGCCAUGACCUAUAACGUCUCGCACUGGUAUGGUGGAGCCGAGACUGCCAUACAGCAUUGGCCUAUAUCCAUCUCCGGGCAGCAGGCACCCAAACCCUUUGUCACCAGUGAUAUCUACUCAAACCGAAACGGCUUUGGGGGCAUCUUGGAACGCUACUGGCUCUCAUCCAAUGCCACGGCCAUUAAGAUCAAUGACUCUGUGCCGUUUCAUCUUGGCUGGAACGACACAGAGAAGACCAUGUACUUCCAGGCGAGGUACCAUGACACCCCUUACAAGCCAAACCCUGGUGAGGCACCUUGUGCUGAACUCAGCUACAGAGUCUGUGUGGGCUUGGAUGUCACAUCCAUUCACAAGUACAUGGUGCGCAGAUACUUCAACAAGCCCAACAAGGUGCCUUCCAAAGCCAUGUUCCGCCAUCCCAUCUGGUCCACGUGGGCGCUACACAAGACUGACAUAGACCAAGAGAAACUGUUGAAGUUUGCUGCCAACAUCCGCAAGCAUGGCUUCAACUGUAGCCACCUAGAGCUAGACGAUCGCUACACAAACCACUAUGGGGAAUUUGAUUUUGACUUGGCCAAGUUUCCCAACGCUACAGCCAUGUUCCAGAAGCUCAAAACAGACGGAUUUCUGGUCUCUCUCUGGACACACCCUUUUGUCAACUAUGACUCUGAGAAUUUUCACACCUGUGUAGAAAGAGGGCUUUUUGUCCGAGAACCUACAGGUCGUCUUCCGGCUUUGGUAAGCUGGUGGAACGGCAUCGGGGGCAUUCUAGACUUUACCAACCCAGAGGCCCGUGAUUGGUUCGCCUCCCACCUGCGGUCUUUACGAUCCAAGUACGGAGUAUCCUCCUUCAAGCUGGACGCGGGCGAGACAAACUACUUGCCCUGGCAAUUCAGCACAAAAACACCCCUUCGUGACCCUAGCACGUUCACCCGUCGCUACACCGAGAUGGCUAUUCCUUACAAUGAGCGAGCCGAGCUGCGUUCAGGCUACCAGUCCCAGAACAUCUCCUGCUUCUUCAGGCCCAUUGACCGGGACUCUGUUUGGGGCUAUGAGCUAGGCCUCAAGUCCCUUAUUCCCACCGUGCUCACCAUCAGCAUUCUCGGCUACCAGUUCAUCCUACCGGACAUGAUCGGUGGCAACGCCUAUCUGAACCGCACUGAUGGUGAGCGCACUUUACCGGACCGUGAGCUCUACAUCCGCUGGCUGGAGCUGUCGGCUUUUAUGCCCUCCAUGCAGUUCUCCAUCCCCCCCUGGGAGUAUGACAACGAGGUGGUGGAGAUCGCCCGGAAGUACACUGCUAUCCAUGAGAGUAUAGUGGCCCCACGGGUUCUGGAACUUGCUGGGGAGGUGCUGGACACAGGAGACCCCAUCAUACGACCUCUGUGGUGGAUCGCCACUGGCGACGAGACUGCUUAUAAGAUUGACUCCCAGUUCCUGAUAGGGGAUGACCUCAUGGUGGCUCCAGUACUGGAGCCUGGAAAGCAGGAAAGGGACAUCUAUCUCCCGGCUGGACACUGGCGGAGCUACAAGGGAGAACGGUUUGAUAUUAAGGAGCCUCUGCACCUUACAGACUACCCGGUAGAUCUUGAUGAAAUUGCUUACUUUGUCUGGGUUUAGUGAAGAGGGGUACAAGGCUGGACAGCUUAGCGGGUGGGCCUGCAUGCAUUUGUUUAUAGUAUUUUCUCUGAAGUCAGGGCUCACAGCACAUUUGUGUUCUUGUAAAUUUAGAAUCACUAUUAUUGAAGAAAUAUCAAGGCGAAACCUUUUCUGCUUGCUCAAACAUGUGCCCUUGCAAUAACCCAGGAAUGUAGCAGAGGAGGCAGGUGGGAGGAGCUAUAGGAGGACAGGGUCAUUGUAAUUGCUGGAAUGGAAUUAAUGGAACGGAGUCAAGCCUGGUUUCCAUAUCUGUGUUUACCGUUCCAUUUAUGCCAUUCCACCCAUUACAUUGAGCCCAUCCUCCUAUAGACCCUCCCACCAGCAUCCUCUGGAAAGUAGGUAUGUUUAUGCAUUACAAUUAUGUAUCAUGAGACAUGACCCAAACAUUUAUUCAGCAUGACAUAACAGUCGACUAUUAACAGAAUAGUCAUCGGCUGUCUUUUAGACAUUUUUAAGGGCUGAUAUUUGAAUGCUUUCAUGUCUUAUUUAUGAGUCAACACACUAAGAAGGGAAGAAGUAUAUUUUGAUGUGAAAAUGCCUUGUAUACUUACAUAUAUGUUAAUGAUUUUUUGGUUUUGCUGAUAUUUUUGUUAUUGUGUCAAUGCACUUAACAAUACAGUGUGUAAUUGUUCAGUCAGUGGUUGUUCUGUUAAGGUUCUCGCCACUCUGAAAUCAAAAGAAGCUGCACGUGAGAUUCUUCACCUGAAGAUUUCUCCGGAAGUUGGGUGUCAUAUUUUCCAUGUUGUGUUAACCUUGUCUACUUCCCAAAUGGCACCCUAUUCCCUAUGUAGAAGGCAAAAUAUUGCACUAAAUAGGGAAUAGGUUGCCAUCUGGGACUAGGACUGUGGCGGUCAUAACAUUUUGUCAACCGGUUAUUGUCAUGCAAAAGACUGCUGGUCUCACGGUAACUGACCAUUAAUUAACAGAAACACGUUUAGCAUCUCCAAGCCUCCACUCAUACAAGCCGCUCAGACAUACGGGGACCCACUUCUUGACAUGGAAGUAGGUGAUUAGACAUGUCUUUUUGAGUGCUUAAAGCUUAAUUACUCUUCGUAGUCUUGUAAUGUUUUAAGUGACAAACUAUCCAUUUAAUUUGGAGUCACUUUUUAAUAUUAUACCCUCAACCUUUGGCUAAAUAGUCUUUACUUUUCAGGCUUCAUUGAGAGGACUUGAAAUGGGUGCUAUUCAAUUUUUGUUUAAGCAGGCAAUAAUGAAAUAAUCCAAUAUGUAAGAUGCUAUGAGAUCUGAGUGAACUGAACUUUGAACUGGAAUCACUGUGUGACAUAUGUCAAAUAUCCAUCCAGACUGUCCUAAAUGCCGUUUAACAAAUAAUAUACUGCCACAUUUUCAGCAUGAAUUAUACUUCUGACAGAUAUUUGAAUGUCACUACUCUUUGUAAUUGUUAUAUUGCAAAAUGUUUUUACUGUUUUGUUAGCCAGUCCUUGGAGACCUUAAAGAUUGAACCUGUGUACAUUCACCAUGUCGCAGUAAUGUGAACUCUUAGGUCACCUAGGGGUCAUUGUUUUUACUGGCAGAAGCUUCUCCAUAACAUCCCUGCUUAUUUAUAGCAGUUCUCAUAUCGACCUUUAGUCUCGACCGUCAUCGUCUAUGUCUAGCACUAUUACCUCACAAGAAUAGAUCUUUGCUCUCCUGAAAGACUCGCUGGAACUAGCCUAAGUGUUUUCCACUUUGGUACAUACAAAACAAGAACAUCAAGAUGCUGACAGACUUCUCUUUGAAUUUCAGAGCACUCUUUACCCAUGACAGGAGAUUUUGUAUGCAAGCCAAAAACAUGAGUGAAAUAGCAACAGUUUGCCGGGACUGUCAUUGCAGAUGAAACCGCUUUGAUUAAUUUUUAUAUUUAGUACCUUUUUAUUAUAUAUUUUUCUAGUGAACAGCAUAAUAUAGUAAUUUGGGCCAAAAGCACAAUAUGCGAAGGCUUGUCAAUAGACGUUCAGCAUUAUGUGACCUGGAACAGAUUAGAUUGACAAAUUACAUUGUUUGAAUGUGGGAGAGUUAUUGUGAGGGUCUCCCACCACCAUAAAGUCAAGCAGUCUGAUUUGCAGUUGUAUUAGCUUGCAUCACAUUGUUCUCCAUGAGAUUGUGUGACCAGUGAAGGCUAUGGUAAAGCUGGUUUUAUAACAAUGUGAGGUUCAAAAGAGUAAAGUAUCAAUGUAUUGUUAGUCAGAGAAAGGUACGCACUGAUAUAGCAAUGAAUGUAUGGCUCAUGGCCUCAAAGGAUGGAUUGGGAAAACUUCUCCACUUUAGCUUUUUUUUUUUUUUUUUUUUCUCGCUUCUUACUGAUUUGUGACACUCUUUUACCAAUUUGGCAAAAGGCAACGCAAAUCUGUAAAGCUACAGAAACGUGAGUUUGUUUCAAUGACGUAAGUAAGGACAUCUUUGGACCUUCGGUAUUAUUUUGAUGUAGAAAGACAUUUUGUCAUUCAGUAUCUUGCUGAAAUGUUGUAAAGUUAUAUAUCCUAAUGCUGAAUUUCAAGGACCACCACCAGCUUUGUUGAAAAUGCUUAGACAUGGUUGUGUUCUUUUAAUACAUUUUUUAAAGGCUAAUUUUAUUUUAAAGGGUUAUGUUAUCAGGGACAUUGAGUAGGUUUUAAUAUAUACUGAACAAAAAUAUAAAUACAACAUGCAACAAUUUCAAACAUUUUACUGAGUUAGUACAUAUAUGAAAAUCAGUCAAUUGAAAUUAAUUUGGGCCCAGCCAAUCAGAAUGAGUUUUUUCCCCCACAAAAUGGCUUUAUUUCAGACAGAAAUACUCACCACCCCACUCAGACAAUCCCGUAGGUGAAGAAGCCGGAUGUGGAGGUCCUGGGCUGGCGUGGUUACACGGGAUCUGCGGUUGUGAGGCCGGUUGGACGUACUGCCAAAUUCUCUAAAACAACGUUGGAGGCAGUUUAUGGUAGAGCAAUUAACAUUAAAUUCUCUGCCAGCAGUUCUGGUGGACAUUUCUGCAGUCAGCAUGCCAAUUGCACACUCCCUCAACUUGAGACAUCUGUGCCAUUGUGUUGUGACAACAUAUGCUUUUUGUGUGUAUGGAACAACUCGGGGAUUAUUCUUUUUCAGCUGAUGAAACAUGGGACCAACACUUUACAUGUUGCAUUUAUAUUUUUGUUCAGUGUUGUUGCCAUGGUGAUAAUCUACACAUAUGACUGAAGUACAGUAUUGCCACAGUUGCAUUUCAUUGUGAUGUUGACAUGUCACACUAACUCAGGUUUUUGUGAUUAGUAACUACUCCAAUUUAACCUGUAUUUCUAGGAACAAUACAAGGAAGUCAUGUUGCCUUUGUCUUCAAUGCAUAGCCUGGAUUGUGUUUAUUCAUAUGACUAAAAUGUACAAUGAUAAUCUUUAAUUUGCUUGAAUUGUAUAACUGUCUGUUGUUGUUUUCCCCCUUGUGUUUACGUUGUGGCAAAUAAUAUAAACAUUUCAUGAUUGUCAA